AUGUCGAAGGAGGUGUCGGGCCAGCCGGAGGGCACCACCCUGCUCGAAUGUAUCGAGACGGGCGCUGUCCCGUUCCCCGAGCGUAUGACCUACGUUCGGUGGCUUGAAUGGCGUAAAGAGACCGGGUCGCGGCCGGUCAAACGGCGCGAUGGCCGGUCUACCUCCACGACGGAGGAGGUGGCCCUCUGGCGCUCCGUCAUGGAUUUUCUCCAUGACGUGAAGGAGGAUGAGGAAGAAGAAGAGGAAGAAGAGGAAGAGGACGGGUUGAGUGAGGCGGCUGCUCUUGAGCAGGCAGCUGAUCUUGCUGCUCCUGCAGCGCCCACUACCGGAGCCACUGGGCCGGCUGCGGCUGGUGACAGCGCGCUGGCAGUGGCCGAGUUGCGCGAGAUGUACCGCCCGGAUCAGGAGCCGGUGGCGGACUAUACCUCACGCGAGUUCGGCCAGGUCGGUGGCGACUGGCACCCGACCAGGAUGGUUAGGCGCCUGCGGACCAGGUUUACGGUCGCAGCGCUUCAGGAGCGGGACGACGGCGAUGUCGCCGACGCCCAAUCCAGGCGCGGGCUCUUCGCCGCCGCGCCUGCCUUAUCUCCGCCUCCUGUGGCGGGCAGUACUGCGAAGGCGGCCAGCAAGGCGCCUCAGCCUGGGCUGGCAUCGGCCAGUCUUGGCGCCCCAGAGCAACUGGCGGCCAAGCUUGGCGCCUCUGCUAAGGAGCAGGCCCCUGCGGCCGCUCCGGGCGCAGAUGGGCUUGCCCGUGACGGGGACGCGUCUGUCGCCGAGGGCGGGCAGGCGGCUGACCUAGCCGCUGCCCUCAAAAAGCAGACAGAGGCCUUGUUUGAGGCUCUGUCUGCCCGCAAAUUCGAAGACGUCUGUGCCCUGGCGAAUAAUUGCCGCGGCAUGUCUGCGCGGGAAAAGCUUCUGGCCCUGCGGGCCCGUUGCAAAGGGUCACGGGCCAAGACCUACGCCAACGCCUAUAAGGCGGCGUGGAAGACCGGCGGGGUCUUGGAAGACCCGGAGUCGGUGUAUCUCCGCAUCAAGAAUAAACACUUGAUGUUCGGGCAUUCCCGCGAGGAGCGGGAGGUGCGCAUCGACGGAGAGCACCAGGCUCUCGUGAAGGGGCGGCUCAGUGGCCAUCAGUUCGAGCCCCUCUUCGAGGCCUCGGUGGCGGACCUCGAGUCGGUCGGCUUAGGCAAGACGGCUCGAGAGCUCUACCUGUCGUACCUUCGGAAGAUGCCCCCACAUAUCGAGAAGGAGGAUCCGGCAGGAUAA